AUGUCGAAAAAGAUUUCAUCUGAUGAAAAGUUAUCUCGUAGCACUUCACGUUCCGAACAAUCCAGUUCGGUGGUGCACACUGAUUCAGUUCAGCAGGGAGAUGUCACUGAAGAUUCGCCAACAGAAAUUCAUACCGGUCGUUAUGCACUCCGUUCAAUUCCUAUCCCGCGGAGAAACAUCACUGAUGAUUCGCCAACAGAAACUUAUACCGAUCGUUCUCAUACCUCGUCCCAAGACGAACCAGAAUCACCGCCUCUGAUAAGUGGUGAACCCUCAUCUUUACCGAAUCUAGCUCGUCCACAGCCAAGCUAUAUGCUCCAGUCAGCAACUCUUGCCACUGCAACUAUCAGAGGGAGAAAAGUAUUGGGAACGUCACCGAGAAGUGCUUUUUCAUCACGAUUGUGCACGCCACGAAAUCCUUCACCUUCAAUACGUCCUGCUUCUCAAACUUUGAGAGCAACUCGUGCUAGCCCGGCUAAAGUUGCAUCUUCGGAUGAUAGUUCGGUGAAUCAAGGUGAUAACGAGCCAGCUCCAUUACCUCAGGUGUCAUUUCUACCGUUCGGUUAUUUUCCACGUGGUCCGAGACCAUUGAAUGCUGGGGACCAUCCCUUGUAUCGAUACAUCAAUAUUAUAGCAGAUUUAUCUCGGCCUGACAAUAGUUGGGUCCAGGACUAUCACACGCUUCUACGUCUAGGGGUAACACCACGUGAAAACAUAGGCCCUGAUUACAUGAUACAAUCAACGAUAGCUUUAGCAAGGGUUUUGAAUGUUGUAGUGAACAGGAUAAGGGUUAGCCAAAACUUUGAUGACGAUUUUUUGGAUUCACUACAUCUCGCAUCACAGCAACUUCGACAAAAUGCUAUUGCAUACUCUAAUACUACCAGAGAGGGUUCUGAACCAGGAGAUCACGAGCAGGAACAACAGGAGGAGUAG